GAACAAGCAUAGCCAAUCAUGUCUCACAACUCCAAGAUUUUCAGCUCCCCUGUCAACAUGCAACCUCAGACGUUGAAAAAACAAGCAAUUUCGCGAUUUAUUUAUAAUAACCCCUCGAAGCCCCUCUGCUAAGGUUUGCGGGUGAUAACUCCAGACUUCUUUAAUAAACUCUCAUAUCGAGGGACCUUGUCAAUCAACUGCGUUCAGUCUUAAGGCUUGCAUAUCUCUGCCCCCCCUUGUCCUGCGUUAUCUCCAAAAAAGUGACUUCAUCUGUACGUGUGCAUUAUUACAUUUUGACCGUACAUCGAUCGAUUCAUAUCCCCGAAUGCCCGAUCUCACACAUGGCAUCAAACUUCCUUACUUGCUUCGACGUCCACAGCUAGUUCCGCCUCCAUAUGUCCUCUGCCGUUUCUCGGUAUCUGCCCGCAUUUUGGCGAUCAGAUCGGUUCCGUUGAGAUCGGAAUCGGAAUCUUCGGAUUCACUCUUAGCGUCUGUAUCUCCGGGAAUGAGAAAUGCAUCCACAUCUUUGGGCUGUGUCUUCUGCUUCUGCUUCUUCUUCUUCUUCUCUCGACGCCUCGCUUUCCUUUCCGCUACAGUGGCCUUGUUUUUGUUCCGCCGUCUGAUUUCCUGGUUCUGCAUGGCCUCCUCAACAAAUGUGUCGAGUGCCUUUUUCUUUGCUGUAAAAAGCGGAAUCGGCGAGCCUGCAAGUCUUGAAAACUUCAUCGUAAGGUUGUACCAAAAGUUGCUGUAUUGCUUGCUGGUCUUGAUUCCCCUAUGUUCUAGUUCCGCUGCUACGGCUUGUGAUUUGCGCUCAGUCAAGGACGCCGGCGUGGUCCAGUCGAUUUCCCAGUUGUACUUUUGAUUGGACUUGUCGCUUGUAUCGUGAUUGAAGCCUUGCCUAGCGGCUAUUUUCUUCUUGAACAAAGCAACUGUGGGUUUAAUGGCGUGUUCUGAAACGCCAUCUCGGAUGAUCGGGGGCUUGAUUUCCUUCUCGGAAGGCUUGAUCCAGUGCUUGUCUGUUCCUGGCUCCAACUGUUGCUCCUGGAGCUUCUUCUCAACUUCAUCUUCAGACUCUGCUAAGUCUGUCUCGUCGUUAAUGCGGGAAGGUCGCUCUGCGACAACCUUUGUGGGUGUUUCUUGUCUUGAGGCUGCGUCGCUCGCAACAGUAUCAUCGGGGAUAGAUGGUAAAGGCGUGGUAACUUUUUCUAGGAUUCAUGUCAGUAUGUACACCUCACGCAAAACAUGUGACACACUUUGUUGAAGCCAUCGACCUCCCUUUGGAAGUGGCGGCGUCCAGUUCUUGGGCAGGAGUCUCGGCAAUGUCAUUGCCUUGGGCACAAUAGCCCGGUGAGGAGGUGUUGAGUAAAGCUUCUUUUUGAAAGAGCUGACCUCGGCGGCAGUCCCGUUCUAUGAGACUCUGCGCUUAGAAGGCCUGACAGCUUUGGCUUGCUCUUUGCUCUGCUGUAUUCGUUCUGUAGGUGAUGAAGUGACGUACUCAUCUCCAGAAAGGGGAGAGACAUCCGGGAAGGGAGAGUAAACACUCUCGUUAUCGCUUGCACGACCUCGCCCGCCCGAGCCCUUCAGGAUACUCCUCAAGCCGAGAAGCGAAUCCCGAUGGUGAGGUCGGAACGGCGAUGGUGUACCUGGAGUGUGGCUCUGCAUAAGCUUCUCACCACUAUAAACUGGCUGAAGCUCAUAGAUCGAUGGUGAAAGACCCUUCUCAGUUUUGAUCGGAGUGGAGAGAUGUUUCUUCGAAUUGCCGAACGAGUUGCCCAAAUCCUUAUCAGCCGAAUCAAAUGUGACCUUCUCCUCAAGUGUUGUAGAGACAGCUUUCGGAGGGGCGUCUUCCUGUGGUAGCUGAUAUGACACAGGUGGCGAGGAUCCAACGUUUUCAUUCUCUUCCACCUCGUUGGUGUUGGCGUCGUGAGACACCUCAUCGUCACUUAAGUCAGGGAGGCCUUGGUAUUCCUCAUCGUCGUCGUAUUCCUUUUCGCCGUCUUUGGCGGGAUGUGACUCGUACUGCUUGAGAGCAGAAAUUUUCAUGGGACUUGAGUGGCUCUCCAUUUUAAUGUUCUUGAUGUCCUCUUCGUCGAAGUUUUCUUCGUCGUCUGAGGAUUGACCAUACAUUAAGCUGCUCUCUUGCUUUAUAGCGCGGAUGUCUCCAUCGUGAGACUCUUCAUCACUGCUACCUUCGUCAUCGCUGGAGUUGUAUUGCUCAAUGCUCUCUUUUUUGAUGGACACCAUGUCACUAUCGUGAGCUUCCAUCUUGAUCUUCUUCGCUGCGGUAUCAUCAUGCUGGUAUUCAGGCGCGGUGGAGAAGGGCACGUCAUGGUCGGGAGACGGACAAUUGCUGCUGGAGAGUGAGGUAGAUUUCUUCGUCGUCUGGCGAUCAACCCAAUCUAGCAAAGAAUCCGUGAUGUGUGGCGAGGGCUCCCUCUGUUCAUGGACAAGGACGGUCUCCUGGGGGGUAGCCACAGGAUUGUCGGUGUGACUGGUGGUAGUGUGUUCAGUCGUAGUGGCUGGCUUCUGGACGUCAAGGGUAUGCUCAACUAGUGUUGGCAGAGCUGGCUUGGCGGGGACCGUAGUCUCUUCAUCUGAGAAAUCAGAACUAUCGGAGGGCUCCUGGGUAAGAUCGAUGUGCAAAGUAUUGAUUGGUGUGGUGUCGCGUGCAACAGCUGACUUAGCAGGUGUAGGACGCUUUGUCACAGAGGAAGACUGGGUCUUGCGCUGAGCGGCAACCUUUCGCUGCUUAGCAGAGUUCUCGGCCUUGAUAUCUUUGUCGGCUGUAGCGCGACCUUUGGCGGCCUUGCGCCUGGGGGACACCAGGACCCUGACGACCUCAAUGUCCGAGUCGGGUUGAUCUUCAUCGUCUGCAUCGAUCGACACAGGGGUCUCGAUUGAGUCGCCAACUCGUCGUCGCUUGACGUUUGCUUUCUGUUGCUCAAGCUGGCGCUUUUUCGGAGUAAGCUGAACCUUCUCAUUGUCGUGGUCCGACUCAUUCUCAAUUUGGGUUACAUUCUCAUUCUGGCUGGGUUUGGGAGGGAUAUGAGCUGGAGGGACAGAUGUGCUUCGACUUGGGCCUGCAACGCUUGAGGUGAGGUUGGGCAAGGGUGCUUGAGGAGGCAUAGAAGCACCUUGUCGCUCUCUAGCAGCUGGUCUCUUGUUCUGUCUUGCCAAUGUUGUGCCUUUUGCAAGAACAGAUGCCUUGAUAGAGGCAAAGCCUCGGUUGAUAGUCUCUUGCUGAUCAGUCUUGAGCUUCUUGGCAGGUCGAGCUCGUGGGCUGGGCGCGACAAGCUUGCGCUUUGGCGACGGCUGGACUUUUUCAAUCACACAGUCUGAAUCAGAGCUCUCUCCAGAUGAAAUAUCGAAUGGUGUAUUCGGUGAGUUUGCUUGAACUAGUUGACUUGUUCGUUUGGGGGUUUGUUGGCUUUGACUACUCGUCGGAGCUCGUUUUUGGGGGGGAGUCUCGGGGACGCGUUCAUUGCGUCCCUGGAGAUGUCGCUUCUUCAUGAUUUGGGGGGAUGACAUGUUUUUGGAGAUUGGGGUAGAGGGGAUAGAGGGAUGUAAAGAUGCUGCGCGGGACAGUGAGGCUGAUGCCUGCGAUCUCUGCCUCUUGGGCUUCUGGCUUGGCUUGGCCAUGGUUUGCUGUGACCCUGGGCGACUUGAGUUGGGAGAACUGGACUGGCUGCCACCUUUCGCGGCUUUGGCUGGUGAUGAAUUGUUGCACUUUUUGGUGCGCUUUUUGGUGCGCUUUUUGGGUUGUUGAGAGGACGGUGACGACGAAAAGAAGUCGACAAUCUUCGAUUGCUCCAUUGGUUUGGCGAUAUCACUCAGAGAGCGAAGACACCUGCCGGAGAACAAAUGAUGAUGAAAGUACGAGUGACUUAUUGGGAUUGCUCAGAUAUGAAAGACUUUCAGAAGAGAAUAAUAAAGUAGCAGAUAGCAGUAUGACUGGUGAAGUAAUGCUGAUGAUGCUGAAGUUGAGAUCUUUUGCAAGAGCGUGAUGAUGCGAGCGUAAAGAGUGAAUGCGAGAAAUUGAGUUUGGAGAGGUGGGAGAGGAAUUAACAGUAGAAUGCAAAGCAAAUUGCUAUUCAAUAAACGCAACAAUAGGUAGAGACGAGCGAUCAAUAAAGCGCGUCAGUGUUUGCCAGUGACAACUGUAAGGGUGUCAGUCAGGGGCUGCUGGCACUGGCACGACACUGCUCAUUCAAAAGCACGGAUUUAUGGGCAAUUCGUUGUUCGUCAUAAGGCAAGGCUCAUUCACGAUGGUCCUUUUUUCCAUUUUUCCAGCAUCUAUGGUAUCAUUACAGAUCAUCAUGGUCUAUGCACAUUGACUCGUCCUCACCGGCUACCUACGCCAGUUUUACAUACGCUCUCGUCGACGAGGAGCUGCCCGGAUGAUAUCGUCCACUCGAAGAAGAAGCUGGUUGAUAAUGUUAGAAAUCUGUUUCAAGAGGCUUUGGAUAAGUACUUACCUCUGCGGCUUCGCUGGCCGAAGACACCACAGCCUUCUUCAACUUGUAACUCUCGAUAACACCGAGAUCUCGCAUAUCAGUAAUACCACCACCAGGGGUCAUCAGAUCCAGGCCGUAAGUGGUAAGACCAUCGUAGAGAGCCUUGCGUAAUCUGGCAACAAGGUCACCAGAGUCGAGACCAGCGUUGUCGGCAAGAAUAGUAGGAAGCUGUCGGAGAGCGACGGCAAAGCUAGAGACAGCCAGUUGUCGCUUACCCUCAACUCGGGUAGCAGCGCCCUCAACCGCCUUGGCCAUAAGCAUCUCAGCACAACCACCACCAAGGGUGGUUCGGGGUUCCUUGACAGUCUGUGACAGAACAGCAAGGGCAUCGUGCAGACUUCGCUCGGCCUCAUCGAGGAGCUGUUCUGUGGCACCUCGGAGGACAAUUGUGCAAGCUUCACCACCAGCCACACCAGAGAACUUGAUGAGGGUAUCUUCUCCAAUGAUAACCUCCUCAAUAACGUCGCAGUGACCAAGCUUGACUUGAUCGGGAUGGUCAAAGGUCGAGGCAAUCUCACCGCCUGUGACCAGGGCAAGACGCUCAAUACCGUCAAAGUCAGCAUGCUCAAUUGACAUAAUGCCAGCAUCAGUAAACAGCUGCUCGGGCCAGUUGUAAAUAAGCUGUCGGUUGAUGAAGCAGUUGAUGCCGUGUGCCUUAAUCUUCUCAACCUUGGCCUUCAUCUUCUCCUUCUCGGCCUUCUCAAGCUCAGCAAGCUUGCUUGUUGAACCAACCUUGACACGAGCACCAAAGAUCUUGACCUUGUCGGUGUCCAUGGAGGUGUUGGCCACCAGAAUCUUGGCCUUCUCUAGUCGCUUGGGCUGGUUGACACCGAUCUUCUUAUCGAGAAUGAAACCUUCGUCGAGGUAGGAGUCACUGAGUUUGCCUCCGGCCUUCUUGAUGAUCUGGAUGUGGUUGAGGUCGGAUGACUUGAGUCGGAGGACGGCAUCAACGGCCAAUUCGGCGAACUGUUUGCGGUCCUGGGCCAGAACCUUGGAGCUGAGUGUCGUUCGGGCAAUGGCAAGUAGAUCUUGUCGGAAGGCCUCGGGGUUCUUGCUGUGAUCAACGGCUGAUCCUUCCAACGCCUUCAGCGCAGCCUGGCUGGCUAUCCGGUAGCCCUCGAUGAUAGUCUGGGGGUGGAUCUUCUUGUCGACCAGCUUCUCCGCCUCUCUCAAUAGCUCGGCAGCGAGAACAGCAACAGAGGUGGUACCGUCACCGACUUCGUCAUCUUGGACCUUCGAAAUGUUGACCAGAACCUUCGCGGCAGCGUUGUCGAGGGCGAUCGACUUGAGGAUUGUGGCACCGUCGUUGGUAACCAUGAUUUCGGCGGUGGAGCUAGCAUCAUGUUAAAAGGGGGGUUGUCGAUACCGCAAGAUGGGCGCAACGUACGCUGACUGGAGAAUCUUGUCCAUACCCUUAGGGCCAAGGGUGCUCUUUACGAGAUCACCGACGGCGAUGGCACCGACAAAGGCAGAGAGACGAGCAUUCUCACCCUUCUCCUCCGUAGUGCCCUCCUCAAAAAUUUGGGUUGGUUGGAAAGACUAGGAGGGGCAUGUUAGCAUACGGUGUACUCGAUACGAGAAGAUGAAAUGCUUCAACAAGCAUUCCUCUCCAAAAGAAGAAGCAUACCAUGAUGGGCUAACAAUGUGACUUUGUACACGGCGAAACCUAUAAAAACGUAAAAGGUUAUCGUCGUCGUCAACGUCAAUAUGCUUCAGCCUUGGGGUAGACGUUGCAGCCUUUUUUUCUGGAGCUCCCAUUCAGCUAAGCAACCGCAGCCCCUCCACUCCCAGGGGCCAGCAAAGCCCACACGUGAUUUGCCCCGCGGUGGAAGCCUCGAGCUUCGGGCCAGUAUUAUCAUUUCUCCGCAUCACGCACACUUUCGUCGGGAAAGUUGAAGGAGAACACCAAAUUUGUGCUGAACUAGGUUGGCCACCGCAACAUCAAGACUCCGCACGAUCCCGAGCGACAUUCUGCGCCGUUCUAGACAAGCCUUUGCGUGUCUUCCAGAGGUCAUAUCUCCCGCGCGCAAAAAGGCCAUUUUCGCAAACCUGUGCUCGGUAGCCAAACCCUCCCAAACCCUCGAAAAAAACCGUACAGAAUCGAGCGAGAGCGGGGCAUUUUUUCUUGCACCCCUCCAACAACCAAAUAUCGCCCAGCAUGGCGCCCUCUUUCGACCACCUCCGCGAGGCCGACCUUGACGAUGACGAGUUCAACGAUGAUGAUAUUGAUAUCUCCGAUCUUCGAGAACGAUUCGAGGUUUCGCUGGAGCAAGGCUAUGACAGCUUCGUGGUUAUCGAUGGCCUGCCUCAAGUCACAGAGGAUCAGAAGCCCAAGCUUGUCAAGUUCUUGUUGAAGAAGCUCAACACAGUCGGCAAGACACGUGAGGACUUGAUACAUAUGCCCAUGGGUGACGAUGGAAAGUCUUUCCGAUUCGCCUUUGUCGAAUAUUCCUCACCCGCUGAGGCUGCUGCCGCUACUCGCGAGCUCGAUCUCACCCCCCUCGACAAGAAGCACACUCUCCGCGUCAACAAGUUCACCGACAUCGAGCGAUAUGGACGAGAAGGCCGUAUCGACGAGACCUACCAACCCCCUCACAUCGACGAGUUCACCGAGAAGGAGCAUCUGCGAUGGUUCCUCAAGGAUCCCUCAGGCCGCGGCCGAGAUCAGUUCGUUAUGUACAAGGGCGAGAGCGUCGGCGUCUACUGGAACAACGAGAAGGAUCAACCUGAGAACAUUGUUGAGCGACAGCACUGGACUGAGACAUUUGUCCAGUGGUCUCCUCUUGGCACAUACCUCACCUCUGUCCAUGCCCAGGGUGUCCAGCUUUGGGGCGGUCCUUCAUGGACGCGACAGGCCCGAUUCGCUCACCCCUUCGUGAACCUGGUCGCUUUCUCUCCUGGUGAGAAGUACAUCGUCACCUGGUCCAACCGCCCUAUCUCCAUCCCCGACGAGGGCCACCCUGCCCUCUCGAUCGAUGACCAUGGCAAGAACUACGUGAUCUGGGACAUCGCCACUGCUACUCCUCUGCGAUCUUUCGCCAACCUCGAGCCCCCUAAGGUUGAGGAAGGCAAGGCCCCCCCUAAGAUGCAGUGGCCUGCCUUCAAGUGGUCUGCUGAUGACAAGUACGUUGCUCGUCUGAACCCCGGCCAGUCUAUCUCCGUAUACGAACUCCCCCGCAUGAACCUUCUCGACAAGACCUCCAUCAAGAUCGAGGGUGUUGUGGACUUCGACUGGGCUCCUGCUACCCCCAAGCGUGAUGGUGUAAAGGACUACGAGCAGCUGUUCUGCUACUGGACUCCUGAAAUUGGCAGCAAUCCCGCCAAGGUCGGCUUAAUGAGCAUUCCCUCAAAACAGGUCGUUCGAUCCCUGAACCUCUUUAGCGUUAGCGACGCUAAGCUUCAUUGGCAAUCCGAGGCUGCCUACAUUUGCGUCAAGGUCGACAGACACUCCAAGUCGAAGAAGUCUCAAGCAACCACACUCGAGAUUUUCCGUGUCAAGGAGAAGGGUGUCCCUGUCGAGGUCGUUGACACUAUUAAGGAUACCGUUAUCAACUUUGCCUGGGAGCCCAAGGGUGACAGGUUUGCCAUCAUCUCCACAACCGAGCCCGUGGGCGUUACUGCUGUCCCUCCUAAGACUGCAGUUUCUUUCUUCUGCCCUGAGAAGGCCAAGAAGGGCCAACAAGUGGGUAACUUCAAGCACCUCCGAACGCUUGACAAGAAGAACAGCAACGCCAUCUACUGGUCACCCCGCGGUCGCUUCGUUGUUAUUGCCACCAUUGCCAACCAGCAGAGCUCCGAUCUCGACUUCUUCGACCUUGAUUUCGAGGGUGAGAAGCCCGAGUCCGAUAAGGACCUUACUGCCAACCUCCAGGCUAUGAACACCGCCGACCACUACGGUGUCACAGAUGUUGAGUGGGACCCUUCAGGUCGAUUCGUUGCCUCAUGGGCUUCCGCUUGGAAGCACUCGAUGGAAAACGGUUACCACAUUUACGAUUUCAAGGGUGAGGCUCUACGAGAAGAGCCCCUUGAGAAGUUCAAGCAGUUCUCAUGGCGCCCUCGGCCCGCAACCCUGCUCACCAAGGAGGAGCAGAAGGCUGUGCGCAAGAACCUUCGAGAAUACAGCCGCGUCUUUGAGCAAGAAGAUGCUGACCGUGGUGCGUCCGCUGACUUGGCUGUUGUUGAGGCUCGCCGACACAUGCUCGAGGAGUGGUACAACUGGCGCGAGUCUGUCGAGGCCGAGAUUUUGGAAGAGCGCGAAGCUCUUGGCCUACCAAAGGAUCCUCAUGCUCCUCUGCUAGAGGCUUACACAAAGUCUCUCGAGGGCUUAACAUCGGAGGCGGAUCGGGUGAUUGAGGAGAUUGUGGAGGAGGUUCUCGAGGAGAGUGAGGAGAUCCUCGCAUAGACGUCUUCACUGCAUUUGCAUGGGAGUGGUUUGCUUGUAUCUCGGUAGAAAAACUGGUCAGGGCGAGGGGUAACGUAAUGAAAUUCAUUGUCAUGUUCACACGAGAGAUAGGUCCAGCUCCUUGGACUUUCUAAAAGCAUUUUCGGAGUAUUCUCUGUUCAUACAUACCACUUGCUCAUCAUUGUUUGCUAAGUGAUACGACGUAGUUGUCUUGGUAACGAAUCCGUUUCUGAACACAUUCAUCUCAAUCGCUUGUCUACCUAUCUACGAUGCAUAGCAACACCUUCUGGCCCAAGACAGCAGCUGAAAGUCUUGGCUUUUCCGAAAAGAAAUCCUGUCAAACUCACACUCUUAACAACAAACUUGUUUGUUUGAGCACCAAGGCAACUCGUUUUCAUGUUCGAAUAUUUGCCAAGAGAGCAUGAGAGGCUGUCUCGGCACUUUCACGCAUUCUUAACAAUCUCUUGAUGUCUCUGCUGCCCUCGAUAUUCGCAUUCGUACGGAGCACC